CUCCACACGUUGCAUCUGCUGGACUGCACCAUGCAGAGGAGUCCCCACUCCACGUACAACACUGCUCAGCAGACUCACGCGUCGUCUAAUAACUUUGAGGCCCUAGGACACCAUGAGCAGCUGGAUCCUAAGGACAGUCAAGACUCUGAGGACCCAGGAGAAUACUGUUCUGGUGGGUACCACCCUGUCCAGAUAGGUGACACCUUCAACAGACGAUACCAGGUGCUUUCCAAGCUGGGCUGGGGCUAUUACUCCACUGUGUGGCUUUGUCUGGACCUCAGGCUCGGUUGGCGCGUUGCUGUGAAGGUGCUGAAGAGCGGAGCUGGCUUCACCCAGGCAGGACAGGACGAACUCGCUCUCCUAAGAUGCGCUAGUGGUCCUACGAGCAGGCAUCCUUCCAGUCGAAGGAUCGUUCAGCUGCUGGAUGAGUUCAAGCUGGCCGGGGUCAACGGGGUUCAUAUGUGUCUGGUGAUGGAGCUGCUGGGGUCCGACCUGAGAAGUGUUUUGGGGGCUCCUGGACUGAUGCGGCCUUCAGUUAAACAAAUACUCACUCAGGUUCUUCAAGGCCUGGAUUACCUCCAUACUUGGUGUAAAAUCAUCCACACGGAUGUCAAGCCCGAGAACAUCCUGCUGUGCCUGGAGGAGCAGUCCCACAAAGUACCAGCGGGGGACAACAGCUCCUCCUAUGUACUGACUGGGAAAGAGGCCAAGUCCACAGAGAAGGAGCAGGUGAAGCCGUACAGUUUAAAGGAAAUUAGAGUGAAGAUUGCUGACCUGGGCAGCUCCUGCUGGGUGUACAAACAUUUCUGUGAGGAGAUUCAGACCCGUCAGUAUCGCUCACUGGAGGUUUUACUGGGAUCUCAGUACGGUCCUCCUGCUGACAUCUGGAGUGUCGCCUGCAUGGCCUUCGAGUUGGUUACUGGAGACUCCCUAUUUGAACCCAAAGCCAGCGAGUCCAUUUCCCUGAAGGAAGACCAUAUAGCCCAGAUCAUGGAGCUGCUUGGUAAAAUCCCACCAGCUGUUGCCUUGUCGGGUAAAUGCUCUGCAGAGUACUUCAACCGCAGAGGUGACCUGCGUCAAUUCGGCCCGCUGAGGCUCUGGAGCCUCUUCGACGUUCUGGUGGAGAAAUACCACUUCCUGUUGGAAGAGGCCACUGGAUUCUCAGAUUUCGUUCUUCGCAUGUUGGACUACCAUCCGGAGAGGAGAGCUACCGCUGCACAGUGCCUCCGCCACCCUUGGCUGACCUCCUGAUAGCCUCCCAACAGACCCCACAGGCGUCGUCUCCCAUCUGCCGUCCUCGCGGGCCAGACGCUGUCAGGAGCUCGGCCUGGCUGACUUGUGAACGUAUACCAGCCACAAACUCAAUCUGUGAGACGUUAAAAAAUGCACAGGGCAUCUUUGAGGUUUUUAUUGGCCUACUAUCCAAAGACCUACUCACUUUAAUUGGUGAAUUCCUGUAGAAUGUGGUGUUUUCCAGAUUCAGCACCAGAUUCAGAGUAGGAUACUCUUGCCCUUUAUGCUGCUUUUUUUAUUUGUUGUUUUACAUAGAUUUUCUCUAGUGUAGCUACUAUAAGUCUGACUACCAGACUUUUGAGUCCUACAAGUAGCUCCAGAGAGUGAUUUUCCAUCAUCUCUUGCUAAACUGACAGGCCUGACACGACUAGCCAGUGAGAAGUUGUCUAUUUGAUAACUAUGAGUGAAGCUAUUAUUCAGUGCGAUUAAUUGUGAAUUAAUAAAAUCAUUAUUUUUUAAAGUAUACAUUUCAUGAUCAUUCAUAUUGUAUGUACUUUAGAACUAGGGUUGGUAAUCUUAAGAAACUAGCAAGAGUAUACUGGAUAAUUCUUGCCAACUCUUUUCCAAGGAAAGUCGCCAAGUCGGCAACCCAUCCC